CCACAUUGACAUGCUAUGUCUUUUAAAGACAGGUUUUCCUUGAUGGUGGACCAGUACGAGAGGGAGUGCCUCACACGCCAUGCACAUAUUCGCAGAGAAAUUAAGAGCAAGAAUUUGAAUGGCUCAUUGGUUCAGUGAUAUAAAUAUUUUAAUGCUGUGAUUAAUUGGCACUCCAAAAUGAAGAGCACCGUGAUACCGUCGGAAGUGGAAAAGUUUGGAAAGUUGGCCGAAGAUUGGUGGAAUCCCAAUGGUGGAUUAAAAGCCUUGCACUCCAUGAACUCCAUUCGAGUUCCCCUCAUUCAGGCCACCAUUGAUAGGAAUGUUCCAGGGAGGAAGCGAAUCCUGGACUUGGGUUGUGGGGGCGGCUUCCUCUCUGAGGGCCUUGGGGUCCAUUUCCGCUCGAUGGGGUGGACUGAUGAGGAAAUCGAAAUCGUGGGCAUGGAGCCAGCACCUGACAAUAUUGCGGUGGCCAGGAACCAUUUGCCUUCGGAACUUGCUGGGAUGGUGACCUAUGUUUGUGACACGAUCGAAAACUAUGUGGCGAAUAACCCAACCGUCCAGUUUGAUACUGUCGUCAUGUCCGAAGUUAUUGAGCAUGUGGACAACCCUGAAGAGUUUUUAAAAUAUGCUGUGAGCGUUGCAAAGCCAGGAGGCAACAUCAUUUUAACAACCCCAGCUAAGACCAUUCUUUCUUGGAUUGGUGUUAUACUAUUUGCUGAGCAUAUCAUGCGAAUUGUUCCCGUUGGUACGCACGAGUACAAUAAGUUCAUCGCCAUAGACAAAACUCAGCAACUGUUUAGAGAGAAUGGCUGUAAAAUCGUUGAUGUCAGAGGGACUUUUUACAACCCAAUAACAAAUAGAUGGACAUGGAACAAUUAUUGCAAAAUGUUUUGCUAUGCAAUUCAUGCAGUAAAAUCAUGAACUUGAAGUGAAUUGGACAAUUGUGCUAUGUAUUGUAUUCAUUCUGAUUCAUCCUGAGUUUUACUCUAACUAUUAUUAUUUACUUAUGGUGUUUAAAAUUUGGUGCAACCCUUUGGCUUAAGUAUUUAAUUACAAGAAAAGAGGUUUCUCUUAACCAUCAAUUUUGUAUACCUAUCUACAAGGCAAGGGUACAUUCGAAUUAUAGGAAUAGAGCUGAAACUAAGAUGAAAGAUUCACACCGAGAUGCCACUCGACUCUUACUUUUAUUAAAAACAUGUAAUUCAGUAAGAAAACAAUUGUCAUUAAAUUACUAACAACCCCCAUUUUUAGAAUAUGGUCAACGAAGAUGCAACCAUGUCACGAUUCCACGCUGAAGAAGCAUUUAGAGCUGUCUACUUAUAAGUCUUACAAUGCACAUUAUACUUCCAUAUUUGUUUUUAGAAAUGAACUUGUCAUCUUUGUUGUGAGAAUUAUUUAAACGUAAAGCUUAAAUAUAGCUUUAAAAUAUAUGAAAUUUGUUAUCGGUAGAAGUAAAAAUUGUCAUAUACUAUACUAUUUCCAAAAAUAAGCAAUAUUAGUAAAGCAAGUUUUACAAAAUUGUAUCCUCAAAUCCUCAAUAAGUAGUAUGAAAAUAAAUAUGCACAUAUGUUGUAUGUAUCAUUUAAUUUUUAGUAAUAUAGCAGGAACUAAAUGUAAGUAUACAUAAUGCACAAUAAACUCAGAAAGAAAACGCAUUUCCAUUAUAUUUAGUUGUACUAGAAAUUGUCACAUGAUAUCAAUUCUAGAAAAAUGAUUUUAACAUCUGUUCAAUAAAAUUUUCUUGUCACUCUUU